AUCGUAAAGUAGGGGAACAAAAUGGAUGAAUUACUUAUGAUUGCAUAUCAAUAUAUCUUGACCAAUUCCGGCAUUUAAAAGUUAAAUUAUUGUUUUUAUACAUCAGCCAAAUCUUUUCAAUAUCACAAUACUAUAACAUUUAGCACUAUAGAAAGUAUCGGUAAGAAAAGUUAUUAUAUGUUCCAAGAUAUUUUCAUCAAGCUCAGCAUUUAGGUGCUUUACUCUUCUCACCUUAGACAACGAGCUCGAAAAUAUACCUAACGGUAAAGUCUGAAAUCGAUCCUUAUUGGUCGCAUCGUUUUGUUUUUACACUGAAAAAUGGAAGAAGAUGACAGCUCUGGGGCAACUUCGUAAUGUUGUAAAUACAUCGAUAUGACAUAUCGAUAGAAGACAUUCGUCAUUGCAAAUUGCAAUUCAGAUAAAUGAAAACAGAUUGUCUAUAAUAAUGUGCUAGAAAACAUUGGUACAUUAGAUUGAGAGCGUAUAUUAAAAAGGCUCACUAUGGAAACCAAAGCUGCCAAACUUAUAUUACCUUCCCCGGAUAGCUCCAGUUCAACUUCCAGUAACAAAAUGAAUUACGCAUUGCAAGUAGCGUUGCAGACAAUGAAAGAGCGAUGCAUACAGUUGCAACGACGCGUGUCCAACAUGGAGGAGGAGAACCAGCGUCUGCGUGAGGCCACCAUUGGGUCUGCGUCCCCCAGUAACAGUAAUCAGGAUAAAACAGAUUGCAGUGACGAUGUUAUAUCGCUUCGUUCCCGCUUAGAUGAACUGCAACGCCAAAAAGAGCAGCUCGAGGAUCAAAUUUACAUGGUGUCCCAUGAGAAUCGAAGGCUUUGGUCGCACCUUUCGAAAAUAUCUAAGGACCAGCCGCAAGUAACAAAUGACGACGAAGUAACGAUUACGUCUCAUACUGUUGGCGCGGGGUCAGUUUCUAUUGGUGCCAAUCAAAACCUGAUUCGUUCUAAAACAUUUACUCAGCAUUCGCCAAAUCCACGCUUGCGUCAAAAGAUGAUAAGUGAAGUCAGUCUUGAAGAGAUUCCUCUAGACGAAUUUGGUUCUAGCGAGGUGGAACUAGGUUAUCCGUGUGGAAUGAAUGUAGAAGGUGAAAAUGCUAUUAAUGACCUGGAUGCCAAUGUCGAUGCUAAGCAGUGCAUGGAAGGCCUGCAGGACUUGCAACGUGAAGCCAUGAAGCAGCAAGAAGAGCUCAAUUCUGCGCUUAGAAAACUAGAAACUCGCAUCGCGGGUUAUCCCUGUCCUGAGUGCGCUCAGAAGAAUGUUAACAGACCUGAAAUGGCAGAUAAAAGUUUAGAAACGGAAGAGCGCAGUGAGCCUAAACGAAAUAUCAACGCGAACCCAACAGGCCAAGUAGUCGAAACAUUUAACGGGCAUGCAAACACAUCGCCAUUGCUCUCGCCCCGCUUCAAUACCAUACAAGAAAAGCUUAAGGCUGACAUCAUAGACAAGACGUGCCCCAUGUGCGGCAAACUAUACUCUAGCCAAGUUUCUUUUAAGGCAUUUCAGGAGCAUGUCGAAAUGCACUUCAUAGACGACACGCUGGAUGUGGACGGCAGCAUGGAACGGCAGUUCGAAUUUAUUUCGCAUGCAGUGGGGGAUUUCUGACCAAACAAACUUAUCUACUUUGCCACGGAACUCUAACAGCGACAAAUAUAAUUUGUUUUAUUAUGUAACACUGCAAUUGGCAUUGUAGACGGUAUUGCAGUUAAUCAACAGAUGGGCGCAGCUGCGAUCGUUUAACGUGGUGUUAAUAUAGACUAAGAAGGCAAAUAUCAAAAAUUGAUUGUUAAAUUAAUGUUUUUGGUUUUAGAAAGAAAAUUUAAAUAUAGUAUUAAUGUAUAUCUAAUUAUGGUUAAUAUAUCUUUAA